UGUAACGCGAGUCCGGUUUUCUCGCGAGACUCUCGUGACGGGGGCGGCCAUUUUAGUGUUGUGGCCGAGGGUCAUAGGGACGUUGGGCAGUGCUGGGGAAGGCACGAUGCUCUCUCGGUUGGCGUUGCGUGUCCUGGCCCCAGCCGGCCUGAAGAGCUCAGUGGCUCUACCCUCCCUGUCAUCGGGUGUAAUUCAUGCAUCAAGAUCACUUCACACAAGUCAACAGCACUUGGCUCCAGUGCCAUCGCUUCCAGAGAAAGGAGGAAAAGUUCGCCAUGGAAUAAUCCCUGAAGAAUUUUUCCAGUUUUUAUAUCCUAAAACAGGAGUCACAGGUCCAUAUAUGCUUGCAACUGGACUGACACUCUACUUCCUGUCUAAGGAAAUUUAUGUAAUAAAUCAUGAAACAGUAACUGGUGUUCUUAUUGUGGGUUUACUUAUCUAUGGAAUUAAGAAGUAUGGUCCUGCUGUAGCAGCUUUUCUUGACAAAACAAUGGACGAGGAACUUGCUGCUUACGAGGACUUAAAAAGUGCUUAUAUAAAUAGAUGCCAGAACGGAAUUGAGGAGGAAAAAAAAGAGCAAUGGAGACUUCAGGGUCGCCACUAUCUCUUUGAUGCCAAGCGGAACAAUAUUGCUAUGAUCCUGGAGGCCAACUAUAGAGAAAGGCUUCUCAUUGCAUCCAGGGAAGUGAAGAAGAGGCUAGAUUAUCAAGUUGCAUUACAGCAGCUCAAGCGGCGUCUGGAACGAGAUCAUAUGAUCAAUUGGGUAGAACAAAGUGUUUGGCAGAGUGUUACUGCCCAACAGGAGAAGGAGAGUAUAGCUAAAUGCCUCUUGGACCUGAAAGCACUGUCAAAGUCUGCCCAACCAUCUCUCUAAGUCAAGCAUUAAGUUGUAACUUCCGGAAUUGUACAAUUUCUAUCCUUAAUUAAAACAUAUGUAUCCUGGUUUUGUUUACUCUGAAAGCGCCUUGAAUGUGUUCCUCUCCUUAUAUUUUCACAUCACAAUAUUCAGAAAAGGAAUUAUCUUUGCAUAUUCAACCACAAAAUGAAAUUUAUAUUUGUCUUCUCUAAAUAUGGCUAAUACUCUUUCACACACUUAUAAACAAUUCAGAAGAGAUGUUUUGUCAGGCCUCUUCACAAACGAGAAAGGUAAGAAAUCAACUUAUUGUAGUUAAUGCAACAUUUAAAAUAGUGGCACACUGGUGGCAUAAGAUCAGAGUUUGAGAUUUUAUGAAAUUUCAGUAAUAUUCAGUAGAUCAGCAAAUAGCACUUUUUAAAGAUUUAACAUUGGCUAGUAAGAUCUGUUAACUGUUAUUCUUCAAAUGCAGUAAAUGUCUAGUAGCAACCCUCUCUGAUGGAAUGUAGUAAGGAGGUGGAUUCCCAGAAGGGGGGGAGUACAUUCCAAAGAAGUAAGAGGCAACUCAGCCCAGAUAUUAUGUGUGAGAGAAAGAGGGUGAAAAUAAUUUCUAAUAGUUCACAGAGUAUAUUGUAAAUGAAGAUAGAAUGCUCAGUUUGGCAAGAUUUUGUCUAUUGGUGUAAAACAAUAAAGAACAUCUUAAAA